GAGAGUGGAGUAGAGUAGAGUAGAGUAGAGCAACCACCACUGUCAAAGUGAAAAGAGAUUGAAAGAGAUGCGAGGUGGUAAAAGUUGUAGAGUUCGAAUUGAAGCGAGCGUGCGCGUGUUAAUCUGUCCCGUUUGUGUUUUUUAACAUGGCAGAUGGGUCCCGUUACAAGCGGGGCUCUGUCAGUGCUUUAUUCGUUUGAGAAAUCCUUAUUACGGAUCCAAAUUGUGUGUGCAGUGUUCUUCUCACUACCUGUUUCCCGCUGAGAUCCUUCCCAACCAUAAAGGACGAGGGACCGCGCCUGAAAAGGAUCCAGAACUGCACAGCGUAAGGUCUUACAGGAGUAAAAGAUUUUGGAUGAGGCAACUCGCAGAAUUGUCAGAAUUGACUGGUUCGCGAGAAUGGUGGGUGGGGUGCCCAGCGGGUGGAUGAGGCGAAUCCUCCUCUUUCUCGUGUUGAUUACUGGGGUUCUUCUGAUCGCGAUGUUUGCCCAUGCACCACCUCUUGCCUCUCUACAACCAUUCACAGCUCGAAGCUUGAACGAGUUUCCACGUCAUUUUGUUUCUGGUGUGGUUGGCAAGAAAGACACUACCAGACCGGAAGAACAACUAUUUGAAUAUUCAGAAAGUCUUAGGACAUUCCAGAGUCCUUGGUCUUGGGUUUGCAAUGAGAAUCGUUGUGAGAGAAGAGCUGUCAGAUCCUCGAGGACCUCCUUUGCAACUUGUGCUGCCACUUGUGGUGGAAAUACUCGCCUAAUUUGGCCGAGACCAACAGGAAACACCGUUCUUAGCGGGGAUCAUGUAACGUUUCAUUUUCAGCAGAUUGAACUGAUUACACUUGAUACCACUGAUCAAGAAAUCAGGAAUUUGCUAGAACAGGCCAAGGAAGUAUUUUUAGGUAACAUCAGAAGCUUGAUAAAAGUACCAAACGCAAAAUCGAGAUCUAGCAUUGAUAAUUUUGCUAUAUACGUAAGUGCCGGAGCUGCCGAGGGUGUAAAAUUAAGUUUGGACACGGACGAGUCUUACAAACUAGAGAUUUCUCUAAAAGGCAAACUCGUGGAAGCAAGGAUUACAGCCAAAAGUUACUAUGGAGUUCGCCACGGUUUAGAAACUUUAAGUCAAAUGAUAUGGUGGGAUGAGCUUGCAGGGAGGCAAGGCAUGCUGCGGGUUUUAACCCAUGCAAGCAUAGAAGACAAACCGGCAUUUGCCUAUCGAGGAUUGCUUGUUGAUACAGGGAGGCAGUUUUUUUCAGUAGAGCAGCUGAAGAAAGUCAUCGACGGGAUGGCAGCCUCCAAACUCAACACCUUCCAUUGGCAUCUCACAGACUCUCAGAGUUUUCCUUUUGACUCUGCUACCUUUCCGGAAAUGGCUAGAUGGGGUGCUUAUAGUGGAGACGAAGUUUAUACUCCUGAGGACGUUCGAGAUCUCGUGCAUUAUGCAAGGAUCAGAGGGAUCAGGACUCUCAUCGAGAUUGAUUCUCCUGCUCAUGCUGGUGCUGGUUGGCAAUGGGGUUCCGAACGUGGAUACGGAGAAUUGGCCCUCUGUGUGGACCAGAUGCCUUGGUCAGCCUAUUGUGGCGAACCAAACUGCGGUCAAUUGAAUCCCAUCAACGAACACUCUUACAGAAUUCUGGAAGGACUUUACAAGGAACUUUUGGACAUCACUGAGGUUCGUGACAUCAUCCAUCUUGGAGGAGACGAAGUGAAUUUAGACUGUUGGGCUCAAUAUUCGAACAUCACGAUAGCAAUGCAAGCCCAAAACUUGACUGACUUCCAUUCACUGUGGGCAGAUUUUGAAUCGAAACUGCUUCAGAGGAUAAUCAGGGUGAACCAUGAAGUGGUUCCAAAGUCUGUGAUUUUGUGGAGCUCGCCUCUCACCAAAAAGCCCUAUAUUACUAUGUACCUUGAUCCAAAAGUUCACGUGAUUCAAUCAUGGGGUGCAAGCACUUGGCCAGAAACUCCGGAUCUAUUAGAGGAUGGCUUUAGAGUCAUUCUCUCACAUGUUGAUAGUUGGUACUUGGAUUGUGGAUUUGGAAGGUGGAGGGAAACAGGAGAAGCCGCUUGUGGGGACUAUCGCACUUGGCAAACUGUAUACAGUCAUAGGCCUUGGCGAGAUUAUUUACAGCAAAAAUGGAAUCUCAUUUUGGGAGGAGAAGCUGCGAUCUGGAGUGAACAAAUGGGACAAGCGUCAUUGGGACCUCGACUAUGGCCUAGGGCUUCUGCCCUUGCUGAAAGAUUAUGGAGUGACUUGCCCACGAAUGGCUACUCGGUAGAAGAAAAUGUCUACACCAGAUUAUCCGCACACAUGGAAAUCCUCAGGGCUAGGGGGCUUAAAACAGAAGCAAUGUGGCCACAUUGGUGCUCUCAGAAUCCAGGAAAAUGCCUUUGACUAAGGUAGAAGUCAGCAGAUAGGCGCAAUGCCAUUUCAGGAUACCAGAGUGACUCUUGCAAACAAAGCUGUGAAAUGAUAUUAAUAAUAACGAUAAUAACACCAUUCAUUUGGUCUCUUACGAAUCACAUCUUUACAUAAUUGUGGCAAUAGACUGAGAUUCGCUUUUCGAUACAUUUGCAUUGUUGCAACCCACUGACCAUCGGUUUUAAGAAACCUUUUAGAAACCUUUCCUGAACACAAUAGAUUUAAACAACUCUGCUACUCGUGAGACUUGAAAAAAUUACAAAUAAUUUCUUU